AUGUCGUCUAUGCGCAAUGCCGUCCAACGGCGCAACCACAAGGAGCGUGGCCAGGUCCAGGGUCGUGAGAAAUGGGGUCUUCUCGAGAAGCACAAGGACUACUCGCUGCGUGCCAAAGAUUACAAUGCCAAGAAGGCCAAGUUGAAGCGCCUCGAAGAGAAGGCCAAAGAUCGCAAUCCCGAUGAAUUCGCAUUCGGUAUGAUGGGUGACAAAAACCGGACUCAAGGCAAACAUGGACGCGGUGCAGGCACUGCUAGAGCUUCAGCUGCGGACCUGAGUCACGAUGCACUCAAGCUUCUCAAGACACAAGAUAAAGGAUAUCUCCGAACCGUCGGGGAGCGGUUGCGACGCGAGAUCGAGCGUCUCGAGCGUGAUGUGGAGUUGCAGAACGGCCUGAAGAAAUCUCUCGGAGAGAAGGGCGGAGCAGCAAAGGACCAGAGCGAUGAUGAGGAUGGUUCCGACGACGACUUCGACGACUUCGAUUUCGGUGCCCCGGUGCAGCCUAAGCCGAACAGAACCGUCUUCGCCGACGACCGAAAAGACCAACUGGCAAUGAAGAAGCAACGGUUACAAAAAGACGACGCUAGCGAUGACGAAGACCAAGAAACACCCAAAGCCCGCAAGACUCCGAAGCAACUGGAAGCUGAGCGCAAGGCUCUAGUGGAAGCUCGACGGGCUCGCAAGACCCGCAAACGCGCCGUCGAAGCUCGUGCAAACAAAUUGGCGGCCCUGCGCAAGCAGCAUAAGGAGGUCCAGGCUGCGGAGAAAGAGCUUGAUUGGCAGCGGGCCAAGAUGGGCAAUUCCGUCGGAGGCACAAACAAGGAUGGAAUCAAGUGGAAGAUCCGUGAGCGCAAGCGUUAA